GUUUACACAGAGCUUCAGAAGUGCUGAAGAGCUAGGAGGACAAGAUCCUUUGGAAACAUUGCUGAAGUGUGAUUUGUCAGUCAGCAGAAGACCUGAGCUGUAUGAAGAUGACCGUGUCUUUGGUCAGUGUGCUGUUCCUGAUGACCAUUUCUUUCUGUAUAAGGAAGAGCAGUGGUCAGGUUUGGCCCCUGGACAUGGCUGAAAACUCUGUGGAUGACUCUUAUGGAGGCUGCAGGGAUGACAUGAAUAAAUUAGUGAUCUCAGAGUACAUUGAAUAUGAAAGAAAGAACACUCCUGGUUUUGCAGCUGCCUGGGAAAAUGCACUUAAUAAGCGCAAAAUACUCAGUAUACUCAGUAUAAACCAGUCUGCUGCCAUAUACAUGUAUACAGCGGAACCUCAAUGUAGGAAAGAUUGCUCAUAUGUCGAAUUUAACAAAGCUACUCGAAAUGGAUCAGCAGCCUAUCAGUCAGGUGACUUUCAGUUUUACACGCUGCAUUUCUUUCUGACUGAUGCUGUUCAACAACUCAAAAAAGAACAAACAGGGUGUGUGACCUCAUAUCGCAGAACAAGGGUUAAAUUUGAAACAGACGUUCUUAAUAAAAAAAUUCGAUUUGGGUCUUUCACUUCCAGCUCUUUGAACAAGGAUUUAACACAAUUUGGUAGAGAGUCCUGUUUUCAAAUUUACACUUGUUUUGGAGCUGCAAUAGAAAGUUUCUCAGAGUUCCCAAGUGAGAAAGAGGUGUUAAUUCCUCCAUACGAGACCUUUCUCAUCACAGCCAUUAAAGAAAUAGACAAGGAGAGAGAUCUGUGGUGUAAUGUAGUCUAUGAACUCAAAAGUGCUGGUAAGAGGAGUGAUCUUCAGUGCAUAAAAAUCAAACUAUCAGCAUUUGACAUAUCCAUUUUUGUAAUUUUUUCGUUGGUUGGUCCGUGUCUUCUGUUAUGUUUACUGUGCCGUGCUAUUUCUCUGUUGCGUAACAUAUGUAUGUAAAUAUGAGCAAACCUGUCAUAGUAGCUCUCAGAGAAAGGAAUUCACAGUAUUUAAAUUUCCUGUUCAUUGAUCAGUUCU